CCAUGCCCGUGAAGAAGAAGCGCAAGUCUUCGGCGCAGGCCGGCGACGAGACGGGCCUGAAGAAGUGCAAGAUCAGCAGCUAUUGCAGGUCUCAAGCUUCUAGUAAAGUGAUAAGCGGAGAGGACCAUUUUUCAAGCAAGAAGUGCCUGGCCUGGUUUUACGAAUAUGCAGGUGAGGACGAAGUUGUUGGUCCGGAAGGAAUGGAGAAAUUCUGUGAGGAUAUUGGCGUUGAACCUGAAAACAUUAUUAUGUUAGUUUUAGCCUGGAAACUGGAGGCUGAAAGCAUGGGAUUUUUUACCAAGGAAGAAUGGUUGAAGGGGAUGACCUCAUUGCAAUGUGACUGCACAGAGAAACUGCAAAGUAAAUUUGAUUUUUUGCGCUCACAAUUGAAUGACAUUUCAACAUUUAAGAAUAUCUACAGAUAUGCGUUUGAUUUUGCAAGGGAUAAAGACCAGAGAAGUCUCGAUAUCGAUACCGCAAAAUCUAUGUUAGCGCUUCUACUAGGAAGAACGUGGCCACUGUUUUCGGUUUUUUACCAAUAUUUGGAGCAGUCGAAAUACAGAGUUAUUAACAAAGACCAGUGGUACAAUGUGUUAGAAUUCAGCCGAACUGUCCACGCAGAUCUUAGCAACUAUGAUGAAGAUGGGGCAUGGCCUGUUCUUCUCGACGAAUUUGUGGAGUGGCAAAAGAUUCGCCAAGCAUCAUAGCGAAAACAGGUCUGAAAAAAAUGCUGGAUCUUGCGAUGUCCACCUCUACAAAAAAACUGAAUCAAAACCAAGGGUCCACAUCCUUAUGAACUUCAUAGUAAUUUUUUCCUUUUAUUUUUAAAGGAAGCCUUGUUACAUGUGAAACGGGCAUUGAACCACACCUCUUCUGCGACUGAAAGUUGGGGAUUUUUUUUUGUCUUGAGUUUCAAUCAUUUCAGAACAAUAAAGGUUCAGAUUUUUAAGAGUCUUCAAAGUGAAGG